AUGGCUGUCAUCGACCAGAUACUGGGCGAGGCUGCGCUCCUCGUUGCAAGACAAGUGUCGGAUGUUCCAACCGCAACACCGUCACCGACCGAAUCACCAACGUCCAGCGUUACCCCUCCAGCUACCACUUCGCCUGCCAAGAACGACAAUUCAGGUAAUGGAGGAUCUAGUUCGCCCCUCCUCUUCUUCGUUGCCCUUGGCUUUGGUGUGGUCUUUACAAAUCUUUGGAUCAUCGUUGGUGUCAAGUAUUGCUUCCGAUACAACGCUCGCAACCGAGCCAGAGUGACCAACGAAGAGGGAGAACCCAUCACUCUCGAGACCGUCCACCGGCCGCGCAGACGUCGCGAGAAGAAACUGAUGACUAUGGACGAAGUAAACGAGAAAUUCCCCAUGAUGAAGUACAAAACCUGGGUAUCAGAACGGGCCAGGGAGGGUUUGCCGACUGCCGGAGGUGUCUCUGUCCCGCCAAGCCGAGCAAAUAGUAUCCGUGAUGCCGACGGUGUUCUCCCCGAUGUCGCAAUUGUUAAAAGCCACGUCUCGACCGAAGCUCAUACUAUUGAUGAGUCUGAAUUUGCUACAGCCGCCGACGUGAACAAGCGAGACGACGAGAAGAAGGCCAAACCCGAGUCAGAACAGGCUGGCGAGACGGCACAGACCUCCAGCGCACAAGAAGACGGGCCUGUUCCGCUUCGUAGAAUGUCUACUGAAGAAGACGAUGACGAGCACAUUGACGCUGCCUUACCGCCUGAAUGUCUGACGGCGCCUGGUGAUUCAUGUGCUAUUUGUAUUGAUACUCUGGAAGACGAUGACGACGUCAGAGGGCUUACUUGUGGCCACGCUUUCCAUGCUGUUUGUGUCGAUCCUUGGCUGACCAGCAGGCGAGCCUGCUGCCCUCUUUGCAAGGCUGAUUAUUACACGCCGAAGCCUCGCCCCAAUCAGGAAGGCGAUGCCAGUGCCAACAAUGGCAAUGGCCUAGAUCCUCGAAACAACACCCGCCUCAACCUGCCAAGCGGUCUGCGGUCGGCUUGGUUCCGCAGCAGUACUGGAUCAUCUCGAGACACUUCUUUUAUGCGUGGCGGCCGUGACGGCAGAUCACGGGGCAGAUCAUCCCGGACACAAUCGAGCCCGCAGGAGCGCGGCACAACCACCACAACGCCCGCCGAAUCUAACCGUGGCGGCAUAUUAUCAUCCAUCCGCUCGGCCUUGCCAUUUGGUCGGCAAAGGAAUCAGCAGUCUGCGACAUCUCCCGCAACCACCACAAAUGUAACACCGGCGCAACUAGAAUCUGGCACUCGUCAAGCUGCUAGCUAG